AUGCCUUGGAAUUUGACAUUUCCCAAUAAUAAUUCAAUUGAAAUCCUCUUAGAAAAUUGGACCCGUCACAAAAGGCAUUAUGAUUUUGUGGGAAAUAUUGAAGAGGAAGAAAACUGCUAUCGUCGCCAGGAUUAUAGUGAAGACAUUAAGGAUGCCUGUGAAUUUGUCAAGACCACCAGCAGUUGUAAUGGUGUGGUGAGCCUUAUAAAUUAUCUAUAUAUAUUCGAAUGUAUCCUGCAAUGGCAUACACCAUGGCUGUCCUUGGCAUUGGCUGUGACGAUUUUGCUGCUAUACUCGUUGAGUCUCUAUGUCAAUGCUAGAUAUUUCCUCCUGCCCAACUCCAUUGCCUUGGCCAAUUAUUUGCAUAUUCCCAAUUACGAUUUUGGUUGCAUUGUCUUGGGCAUUCUCUUCACCCUACCAUAUGGCCUUUCCAUGAUCUAUAGUUGUUUUGAAUAUAAUAGUUCCGAUUCGCUGCUACAUGCCAUGACAUUUGGUAAAAUAUUUACCUGUUGGGUCAUUGGGUUAUGUCUCCUCUCCUAUCGUGGUGGAUUUCGAAUUAUUGCCAGGAUAUUUUUACGUGACAUGUUCUUCCUUACUGUGGCCUGGUUAUAUUUAUAUGCCGCGGUCCAAAAUGAAAUGUUAAAUGAAAAUCAAGAGGACUAUCUGAAAUCGGAAUCAAUGAUCGGCAUACAUGCCCACAUAAGUAUGAUCGGGUACAUCCUCUACCUUAUUUGUAGAAUGUUCUCUUUGAAGGCUCAUUGUAAGAAGCCAGAAGUGCUGAAAGAAAUGAAUCUCCUCUCAAGUAGUUCAGAGUCCUUGGAGAGUGAUUGCUAUCCCGACUUGCUAUACAAUCCAGUGGAUCUAAAUGUCAAGCCGUGGCAGCAAUUUUGGAAUUGCAUAAAUCCCAUUAGGGUCUUGUGUUCCCAUUCCCUUCCCAUUAAAAUCGUAAUGAGUCCUUUUUAUGUCCUAUUGGCGUUGGUUAUCCCAGUGGUACAUAACGAACGUCCAUUAAAUGGUUGGUGUAAAGCCAUCUUCGGCUGUAGUUGUCUGAUAUUUCCCCUACUAUUUGUCACCUUGGAUUUGGAUUCCUAUACCCUGUUUUCAUGCUUCAUACUGGGAAUAUGUGCCCUUUUGCUGAUAAUUGUUUUGACACACUCGCAAAGGAUACCAACAAAUCAUGAG